AUGGAUUCAUGCACAAAGGAAUUUUAUGAUAAUUUACUGACAUAUUUUAUCAAUUACGACCUUUCAUCAUUUAAUGUACGAAUCAUACCGAUGACUGAAGCCAAACAAGAUUUAAUUGAAUUAUCAACAAAUCCUUUAGAUGUAUGGAUAAAUACACAUUAUGAUGAAUUGUGUGUAGGUAUGACGUGUAAAAAUGCUCUAUUCUGCAAACCAUCAGACAUGAAAGACAAGAAUUUCCAAAUGAGCAUUAAGGAUAAAUGUGAAAGGAAACAAAGAAAAAUAGAUGGUAAACAGACAUGGUAUUAUGUUUUGAAAGAAGAAAUGAAAGGAUUAUAUAAACAGGUUGAACCAAAUGAUAAUGAUGAUUCAUUUACUGACGAUGAAAUACCUGUAAAUGAAGCUUUAUAA